CGUGGUGUUUUUUUAUUGGCAAACAUUGGUACAUCAAUGUGAAGGACUUGUUGACAGGCUAUAUUAACAUCGGUGAGAGUUUAGGCCUGCCUCUGUCGUCUUGGUUGUUAAGCUGUCGGUAGGUAGGUAGGUAGGCAGGUAGGUAGGUAGACAUACUCUCAGGAAGAUUAAUACACACCGUUGGUUGUCCUAUAGGCCUAUCUAAGGCAAACAAAAUACAAUGUCUUCCAACAACAAUGCAGGCAUCAAAGUCUUAGUAAUUAUGACUGGAGGAACUUUAUUUAUGGAAAGAGACAAAGAUAAUCUCUUCAAACCAAGUGAGAAGAAAAUUUCUCUUGUUUUAGAUCAAAUGACCUCACUUCAAUAUUUUAAAAAGGAAACCGCCAAACCAAGUUAUACUUUAGAGUUUAUGGAGAACUGUACCCCAAAAUGGAUACAAGUGGAAAUAACUGAAAUGGAGUUAAAAGAUUCGUCUGAAAUGAGCUUUAAAGACUGGAACCUUAUAUGUGAAAUAUUGGAAUCGAAUCAUGACAAGUAUAACGGUUUUGUCAUUAUUUACGGCACUGAUACCAUGACCCAGGCCGCCAGCGCUCUUUCUUUCAUGUGCGAGAACCUCGAUAGAUCUAUCGUUCUUACUGGAGCACAGAUUCCAAUCUUCGAGGCUAGGAAUGACAGCUGGAAUAAUCUGAUCUCGUCUGUCAUUGUAGCUGGUACAUCAAAUCUCCACGAGGUCAUGAUUUGUUUUCAUAAUAAACUUUACCGAGGAAACAGGUGUGUCAAAGUUGACAGCAGGAACUUUGAAGCUUACGAGUCUCCUAACUUUGAACCACUUGCUAUUUUGGGUGUUGACAUUGAAUACAAAAUGCGUGAGUCUUCAUUAAAACGUGAGGGGACUUUUCAAGUUUUUCAAAUGGAAAAGAAAAAUAUUGUCAGUUUGGUGCUUCAAGGUGCUUCUGAUGUAGACAGCAUCAAGCCAUUGUUUGAUGCCACUAUUCAAGGAGUUGUCGUCCAUGCUUACGGAAGCGGAAAUGGACCAAUUAAAGUUGCAGAGAGUUUGAGAGAUCUGGCGAACCAGAAACUGGUUGUGGUUGUAUCACAGUGUCUGCACACAAGAGUAGAAGAGGCCUACGUAACAGGUCUGGUGCAUGGGAAUGUUGUCUCGGGCUCUGACAUGACCCCAGACACAGCCUUUAUGAAAAUGUGCUACCUGCUGAAUAAGUUCCCCGGCAAAGUUGACCUACAAAGACAAGAAAUGAGAAAAUCUAUUCGAGGGGAAAUGAGUGGUUAAAAAGCAGCUAAAAUUAGAAAAUACACCUACUUCAUUAAUGUUAAUAAGUUUUUAAAAUGCUCAACUAUGAAUAAAAAGUUAUUUAAAUAUUAAAGUAAUAACGUGCGAAAUAUUUUUUUAUAAAUGCUGUACUAUACAAUCAUUAGCAAGAACGUCAUUGAUAUACUAUAGUAGUAUAGUCCUAUGUUCUUCAAAAUAUUGAUGUUACCGAAUAGAUCUAGAAUCCAUAUAUCGUUCAUUAAUUUAUUUAUGGCAUUGUAUUGAUAUGUGUUGUAGUUUGUAGGAUAAUAAUGUAUCAAAAUUAUUUAAUUGAAUACAUGUAAUAAUUUUUUAUGGUCACUCAUGAAUUUCACCAACUACUCUUAUAAGUCAAAGCACCAGUUCAAAAAGUACCUGAUCAUAUCAUCACUUUUUGACAUUCAUUUUUUUAAUACAAUAAUGAACUUAUUAAGCCUGUGGGGUUAACAUGUUUCAUCAUAAUAUUUAGAAAGUCAAAUGUAAAAAAAAAUAAAAAAUUCAUUGUUACUUAAUCUCUCAUCAGGAUCAGAAUAAGACAAUUUAAACUAUUGUUAAAUUCUACUGUUAGUGGUGUUACAAUGUCAAACAAUAAAUUUCAUAAAACAUGAGCUGGUAUUUUGUUUUAAAGACAGUAGCUUCUGGAAACUCACAAUCAUGUGAAUAUUAGCAAAUUCUUUUUUAAUUUUAAAGUACAAUUUUUCUCAGAUUUUUAUAUUAAAUUAAUUUAUUUAUUUUUUUUGCAUGUCUUAACAUCCCAAAAGUAAGUACAAUGUCUGGUCCUUCCUGAACAGAAACACUCACAGAUUAGCAUCAAAGAGAUUUCUGGUGAAGCUAAAGAAUAUCUUUAUAUCUUUUUGUGUUGCCCAUGAGAACACCUUCUUUCAAACAGAUCUCCAUUUAAAAAUCUUGACUGUCAGGUAUAUGGAUUGUGACCAGCUAUAGCUGGAACCUUUUUAUUAUGACAUGGACAUGUGUGACAUGUAAGUGUAAACAGAUCUACAUCUAUAAAGUUGUAAGCUAGUUAUCGGCUGAUUGUUUUAAGGGAAGAGCAAACUUGUACACAAGAUCGUGGUAAACUAUCAAUAUGAAAUCCUAGUCAGGAAUAUACAACUGGAUAGAGAACAUCAAAAGCAAGAAAUGAAAUCAGAAAUACUACUGGCUUCACUACAACUUAAAAAAAAACAAUUGUUUUGUUUUGUUAAAACUCACAGAUGUGAGUGCAAAUUCAAUGUCAUAAUGAAGUCAUCUUCUUGUGUUUGGAUCUUUAGCACAACACAUUAAACACACUUUUCCAAUCGUAACUACAUUUCUUUUUUUUCUUUUUUUUUUAUUUUUUAAAUAUGGCAAAAUGUUUGAAAUAUUAAAUAGACUUAAGCUGGUGGCUGCCUAUUGGGAUCAGUGUCAAGGGCAAGUUAAGCAUUAUGAUGUGGGAUAGAAGUUGAUUCAACUAGAUAAAGCUAAUUUGACUUUAGUUCUUACUUGGACUUCAACUAGCAGGACAGGAAAUCACACAUAGCUUAGUGUUACAUAGUGAUGAAAGUUCUUAAAUACAUGUAAUGGUCAAUUUUUAUUUUAUCUUGAACCUGUUUGUUCCUUUUGCAAUGAACUUUAAAGUUUAUUCGGCUCAAGUCCACAAUUUAACUCUCUAUGUAGACUAACAAGAUAAUCAGUUGUAUCAUCAUCAUCCUCAUUAAACUCCAUUAGAGUGAGGACUUGAGAGGCUCAAAUCCUCUCUUGAAAAAGCACUGGACAGAAAUGAGUGGUUAAAAAGAAACUCAAAUUAGAAAAUACACCUACUUCAUUAAUGUUAAUAUGUUUUUAAAAUGUUCUACUUGACGGAAUAAUUAUGAAUAAAAAGUUAUUUAAAUAUUAAGUAAUAACGUGCGAAAUAAAUUUUUACAAAUGCAGUACUAUACAGCCAUUAAAAAAAAUGCCAUUGUUAUAUGCUCUUCCAAAUAUUGAUAUUGUAUAGAACUAGAUCUAGCAUCCAUUUAACGUUCAUUACUUUUCUUUUUAUUGUAUUGUAUUGAUAUGUAUUGUAGUUUGUAGGAUAAUAAUUUAUCAAAACAACAAUAAAUUUCAUAAUAUAUGA